CCACUCGCAGGUCCGGAGAGGGGAAACGAUGGUUCGCUGCGGCAGCUUCACUAGAGCAUCGACAUCUCCCUCCCUUCUCUCCUCCUUCCCCUCUCUACCAUCACCGGCCGCAGCCCCUCUCCGCCGCCACCUCACCUGGUCCCGUAUCGCCCCCGCCUCCAGUAAUGCCGUCCGCCCUCGUGCUUCUCACCAAUUUCCCACACCUCCUCCGACGAGAUCGGGGAGACCGUGCAGGAGUCGGAUUCCGGGAGAUGGAACGGGGCUCAGAUAUCUAGACAAUCAUAGCGGCAAAGCAACUCUCCGAUCCAUGGAAACUAGGGAUGAUGAUAACAGUUUUACGGAAGCAAAGAGUAGGAGCUGCACAACCCAUUCUUGCCAGCAAAGCAAAUCUCCACUCUCUGAUCUUUGGAAAGGAAUUGAGUUGACAUUUCUUGUUGGUCUACUCACCUUUCAAGUGUCUCAGCAGGCAAUUGCUGGUACAGAUUUUUCCGGAGUUCAGCCAACGGCUUAUAUAGGAGAUCUUGGUGAUCUAAGUACAGGAUUUGCAUCAGCAUUUUUGCUGAUCUUUUUCUCUGAACUGGGAGACAAAACAUUUUUUAUUGCUGCACUUUUGGCAGCUAGAAACUCUGGACUUGUAGUUUUUUUAGGCACAUUUGGAGCACUUGCGGCAAUGUCAGUUGUUUCGGUUGUUCUGGGACGAACAUUUCAUUAUAUUGACGGCGUUGUUCCAUUUAGGUUUGGUGAGACAGACUUUCCAAUUGAUGAUUUUGCAGCAGUUUGCCUCUUGGUUUACUUUGGAGUUACUACAUUGCUUGAGGCUGCUUCAGAUGAUGGACAACAAACCACGGAUGAACAAAAGGAGGCAGAGUUAGCAGUUUCAGAAUUUUCAGGAGAUGGUGCAGGAAUUAUGGCUGCAGCCAGUACUGUUCUCAGCACAUUCGUCUUGGUCUUCGUCGCUGAAUGGGGUGACAAAUCCUUUUUCUCCACAAUAGCACUUGCUGCAGCUUCUUCACCUCUAGGUGUAAUUGCAGGGGCAACUGCUGGUCAUGCUCUUGCAACUUUGCUUGCAGUUCUCGGUGGUUCUUUGCUAGGAACAUUUGUCUCUGAGAAGGUUAUUUCUUAUGUUGGAGGAGUUCUUUUUCUAGUCUUUGCUGCUGUAACCUUGAUUGAGAUUGUAAAUUAGCUAAAGUCAACUGGCAAGACAGGUUUACUGCAGAUAGAUCUUAAGGUCAAGCAGAUCUUCAUGAAUUGCUGUGGCCCUCAUCAUACACAGAUGCUAAAAUACUGAAAUCAUUAGAGAAACUUGUGGUACCUUUUUCAUCAGCUUCAUGAUUGAAUGCUAGCCCAGAGUCAUCUCAAAUUCUACUGGAGAGGUGUACCUGGGUAAUUAGAUAAUGAACUGAAUGAAGAGGAUUUGGAGCAAAAUGAAAAUAAUGCUAUUUGCUGCCAAUCAAAAGUUCCAGUGGCCAUUUGGACAUCAGGUUUUAGGUAUUCUUUUUGUACAGAACACGAUAUUACCUUCCGUGGAAGGAUGAUAACAGUCCUCAAAAAGUGAAUUGUUUUAAUAAAAUUAUUGAGAUGCCUCCUAGCAUGGGUUUCUUUUUAUUGAAA